UUUUACAAUUAAUAUGUAAUUCACAUAACGCUAUUUUCAUUUUUUUCUUAUUGUGUGGGCUGCAGUUCUUUAUAUUUGUUUCGUCGUAAACACAUUUAUAAGUUGUCAAAAAUGUCAAAACUUCACUUUCACUCAACAAAUAAAGCAAAAAUUGGCGCGUGAUUUAAAAUUUUCUUAACAAUGCCCUUUUACGCAGUAGCCAAAGGACGAAAGGAGGGUAUAUACACCACCUGGGCGGAAUGCGAACAGCAAGUAAAACAAUUUAGUGGAGCAAUUUUCAAAAAAUUUCCCUCACUCUCUGAAGCUACCGAUUUUUUAAUCAAACAUGAAGCAAACAUUUUGCGUAAAGGCCAGGAAAAGGAGUCUUGGGAAAAAGGAUUUCAGCAAUCUUGCGUUCUGCAAACUACUUUAGCAAAUACUGUGUCAGAAAAUCCAAUUUCACCAAGUAUAAAAGAAGAACCAUUGUCUACAAGUUUGUUGUAUAAUGAUAAUGAUGGCGAUAAGGAAUUGGUAAGAUAUUUCAAUGUUGCUGUAGCCGCAACUGGUCGCAUGACACGAAAUAUUGGUGACAUUGAAGCGGCUAUCGAAGCUAUUGAAAUUGCCAUACGGGUUGGUAUACCCAAGUUAUGCUUGCACACUAAAUCUGAGUUCCUACUAAAUGCUGUAGCGUUUUGGAUGAAUAUAUGGAAACGUCACGGCUGGCGUAAUAAGGCUGGUAAAGUUGUGCAAAACAGAAAGCAAUUUGAGAAAUUGUAUACUCUUAUCAAUGAGAGUGAUAUUGAUAUUAAAUGGGCUGAUGCUCGUAAUGAUUCGGGUACUUCGAAUUGGAGGCAAGUUCAAAAACUGGCAGAAAUUGGAACGGAAGAUUAUCUUGACCUUCAUCCCAGUAAAGAAGAUGCCUCCACGAUGGAAUAUUUUGACGAUUUUGUUUAUUAG